GCUCCUACUAGUCAACUGCAGUCACCGGCUUGGCGCUGGCUUUCAGCGGGGGAGGGUUUAGCUAGACAGUUUAGCAGGGGCGAUUAUUCCCGGAUUAAAAGUAGGCAGGAACUGUGGGAGGAAGGCUGAAACACUGUUCUCGAAGUUUUGGCGCAACUUUAUUUUCAAGGGUUCGACAACACCUCCCUGGAGAGGUUUUUCAACUCAUGGAAUACAUAAAUGAAGCGAAACUAGGCGUCAGGCCUGUGACCAACUAGCUAACUGUUAGUUUAGCUAACGUUGCUUUCCACAUAUCUCGCUAUCCACUAGGUGUUGCCACCGUGCGUGACUAACUUCGUUAGCUUAGCUACUAGUAGCUUUAUUGUGUUAUGGAUUGAUACAGGCCCGGUUAGUUUUACUGCAAAUUUGUCUUAUUUUUCAAAACUUUUAGAAAGUUAUUGCUAACAAGUUAUCCGAGAGCAACAUUCUCUAUCCUUCGCUGAAAUCAAAGUUGAGCAGUGUGUGUUUUGGACAAAGUGAUUGCGCUAGCAAGCUAAUUUGACAGGCGUUUGUUUUGUUGUUGAUCAAACGUAAAAUAGCGGUCACCCAAGCGUCCAGGCAGCUGUCAUCCGCUCAGAAGAAAGGGACCACCGACCGCAGCGAACCUUUUUCCACAACCAACCCGCCAGGACCCCCUGUCGUCUGCGGCUGGCCCCAGAAGGAGCUGGCCACACGGCACUGCCUGCCCAAUGGAGGAACAUGACAACAUGGAUUAUUUUUACCAGCAGGUCCUGCAGAAAGACGUUACCCGCAGGCUGCAGGUUGGGCAGGACCUCAUAGACUACCUGAACGACCCGCAGAGGUCCACCGAUGUGGAGCAAGACAAACCACGGCUCGAUAAAACUGUAGAUGAGCUGACGGGAUGGGUCAACUCCAGCAACUACAAGGUGGCGUUGUUGGGGAUAGACAUUGCCGGGGCGUUUGUCGAUCGCUUGGGGGAGCGCUUCAGAGGAUACCUGGGAACAGUGGUCCCUGCGUUAGUGGACCGGUUGGGGGACAGUAAGGACCAGGUCAGAGAACAGAGUCAGACGGUCAUCCUCCGCUGUAUGGAAGUCACAGCAUCGCCUAUGUAUGUGUGGGAGAGGUUGCUUCCUGGUUUUAAACAUAAGAAUUUCCGCAGCAGAGAGGGCGUGUGUCUGGUUCUCUGCGCCACCCUCAACACGUAUGGUGCUCAGCCUUUGAGUCUCAGUAAGAUCGUUCCGUACCUCUGCACUCUGACAGGAGAUCAGAACCCACAGGUGCGUGAGGCUGCCACAGCAUCGCUGGUGGAUGUGUAUCGCCACAUAGGAGAGAGAGUCAGAGCCGACCUUGGAAAGAGAGGCCUGCCUGCCACACGGUUACAGACAAUAUACGGCCGUUUUGAUGAAGCGUUGAAUUCUGGGAACAUGGCGCUCAGCCCCAGUCACGUCUCACAGAUUUCUAUCGUAUUGCGUCCAUCUCCGAAAAGAAGACAACCAAGGAGAAUCAUCCUUCGUCAUAACCAUAGUUUUGAGGAUGAUGUGGACAGUACAGAUGGGAGCCGUGCUCAGGCUGCCUUCAAAGUCCCCAAAAUCCCCAAGAAGCCGGCAGAGUCCUCUACUGCACGCAGACCCAGCGCUACAGGACCCAAGAUCGGAGGUGCGUCUAAGGAUGGAGCUGGGGGCAUCGAUGAGGAAGACUUCAUCAAAGCCUUCACUGACGUCCCCACAGUACAGAUCUACUCGUCUCGUGACCUGGAGGAUAACCUGAAUAAGAUCAGAGAGAUCUGUUCUGAUGACAAACAUGACUGGGACCAGAGAGCCGCUGCAAUGAAGAAGAUCCGCUCGCUGAUUGUUGCCGGGGCAACGGAGUACGAGUGUUUCUUCCAACACCUGAGGCUGUUGGACGGAGCGUUCAAACUGUCAGCUAAAGACCUCCGAUCACAGGUGGUACGAGAGGCCUGCAUCACUGUGGCCCACCUGUCGACAGUGUUGGGUAAUAAGUUUGACCAUGGUGCUGAGGGCAUUCUUCCUAUCCUGUUCAACCUCAUCCCUAACUGUGCCAAGGUUAUGGCCACUUCAGGGGUGUCUGCUAUACGCUUCAUCAUACGGCACACACAUGUUCCCAGACUCAUUCCCCUGAUCACCAGUAACUGCACCUGCAAGUCUGUGGCUGUCAGAAGGAAAUGUUUUGACUUCUUGGACCUGCUGCUGCAGGAGUGGCAGACCCAGACUCUGGAGAGACAUACAGCAGUGAUGGUAGCGAGCAUUAAGAAGGGGAUUGCAGAUGCCGACGCAGAGGCCAGAGUAGAGGCCCGCAAGGCGUACUGGGGUCUGAGGAACCAUUUUCCGGGAGAGGCGGACUCUCUGUUCAACUCAUUAGAACCGUCCUAUCAGAGGAGCCUCCAGUCGUCUCUCAGGAAUGCCGGGAGCGUGGCGUCUCUUCCUCAGAGUGACCGCUCCUCUUCCUCUUCACAGGAGAGCCUCAAUCGUCCUCUGUCGUCUAAAUGGUCAGCUGCUCCUGGUAGAGUCCCGGCUGGUCAUAAGGGCGGGGCGUCGCCAGGCUCCCUGCAGCGUUCCCGUAGCGAUGUGGAUGUUAAUGCAGCAACGGUUGCUAAGCAGCGGCACAUCGGGCAGGUGGGGGCGGGGAGACUGACCCCCGGCUCCUACUCGUCAUUGGAUGAUGCCUCUGAUAAAAUGGAUGGGGCCAGGUCAGUCAAUGGUCGUCUGAGGACCAAGCAGCCUCUCACCACGGCGACCAGCGUCAGCCAGGUGGACUCCCGGGGACGCACCCGCACCAAGAUGGUGUCCCAGUCGCAACGUUCCGACGAAUCAGAUUGCACGCCAGGAUCUCAGUCUGCUACCCCCAUUGGUGCCGGCAGUCGGAGUGGUUCCCCGGGUCGCGUCCUGACCAGUACCGCUCUGAGUACUCUGGGUUCUGGAGCCCAGAGGGUCCUAGCUGGGGCUGGAGGGAGACGUAGCCGCAUCCCCCGCAGCCAGGGCUGCUCACGAGACUCCUCCCCUACACGCCUGUCUGUCGCUCCCUCCAGUAUUAGUUCCAUCUACAACGGCGCAAGCAGAGGAGCUCGGGGCAGUCGUAUCCCCCGGCCAAGUAUGAGUCAGGGCUGCAGCAGGGAGGCCAGCAGAGAGAGCAGCAGAGACACCAGCCCUGUACGCUCCUUUACACCUCUGGCGUCGCGGCACUACUCUCGCUCCACUGGAGCUCUCCAUACCGCCGACGCUUUAGGGGCCGCAGGGUCAGGGUACAGUAUCAGUCAGUCCAGUCGUCUGUCCUCAUCCGUCAGCGCCAUGAGAAUCCUCAACACAGGAUCUGAUGUAGAAGAGGCCCUCGCUGAUGCCUUGCUGUUGGGAGACAUGAGAUCCAAGAAGAAGCCAGCGCGGCGGCGCUAUGAGAAUUAUGGGAUGUAUUCGGAUGAUGAUGCUAACAGUGAUGCGUCCAGCGCCUGCUCAGAGCGCUCCUACAGCUCCAGGAAUGGAGGAGCCAUCCCUACGUACAUGAGACAGACUGAAGACGUGGCCGAGGUGUUGAACCGCUGUGCCAGUGCCAACUGGUCAGAGAGGAAGGAGGGUCUGCUGGGUCUACAGGCUCUACUGAAGAACCAACGCACCCUCAGUCGUGUGGAGUUGAAGAGGUUGUGCGAGAUCUUCACCAGAAUGUUUGCAGACCCCCAUAGUAAGCGAGAAUCCGGAUCUAGGGUCUAUGGAACGGCAGAAUCCGGUAUAAGCUCAGCCUCCUUCAAGAGAGUGUUCAGUAUGUUCUUAGAGACCCUAGUGGACUUUGUCCUGGUGCACAGAGAAGACCUGCAGGACUGGCUGUUCGUCCUGCUCACCCAGCUGCUGAAGAAGAUGGGAGCUGACCUGCUGGGAUCAGUACAGGCCAAGGUCCAGAGAGCACUGGACAUCACACGAGAGUCUUUCCCCAACGACCUCCAGUUCACUAUCCUCAUGAGGUUCACUGUGGACCAGACUCAGACACCAAACCUCAAGGUGAAGGUGGCUGUUCUGAAGUACAUUGAGACCUUGACCCUGCAGAUGGAGCCGCAGGACUUUGUGAACUCCAGUGAGACGCGCCUGGCUGUGUCUCGCGUCAUCACCUGGACCACAGAGCCAAAGAGCUCCGACGUCAGGAAGGCUGCCCAGUCGGUGUUGAUCUCGUUGUUCCAGUUGAACACUCCAGAGUUCACCAUGCUGCUGGCAGCUCUGCCCAAGACCUUCCAGGAUGGCGCCACCAAACUGCUACAGAACCACCUGAGGAACACAGGCAAUGCUGCACAGGCCCCGACAGGAAGCCCUCUUACACGCCACACCCCCCGCUCUCCUGCCAGCUGGUCCAGCCCCCUCACCUCUCCUACCAACACAUCACAGAACACAUCCUCACCCAGUGCAUUUGACUACGACACAGAGAACAUGAACUCAGAGGACAUCUACAGUAGUCUGAGAGGAGUUACAGAGGCCAUCCAGAACUUCUCCGUCCGUAGCCAGGAAGACAUGAACGAACCGGUCAGACGGAGGGAAGGAGAGGAGGGUGGUAGUGCUGGUGCUGACCAGGUGGAUGGAGGUCGUACAGCUCUGGACAACAAGACGUCUCUCCUCAACACCCCCCUGCUCUCCUCUUCUCCCCGGGGGUCCCGUGACCCCUUCACUGACUCCCCCUUCAAACACAGCGUCAUAGAUACUUCACUAGACGAAUCAGACCAGCAAACUGACGACAGCAGCAUUGACCAAUCAGAGCUGGUGUCUGAGCUGCUGAAGGAGCUGUCCAAUCACAAUGAGCGUGUGGAGGAGAGGAAGGCAGCGCUUUGUGAGCUCUUGAAGCUGAUUCGAGAAAACACCCUGCAGGUCUCCUGGGAUGAACACUUCAAAACCAUCCUCCUGUUACUACUGGAGACGCUGGGGGACAGAGAGCAUGUGAUCAGGGCGUUAGCUCUGCGUGUUCUGAGGGAGAUUCUGAGCCGCCAGCCCUGGAGGUUUAAGAACUACGCUGAACUCACCAUCAUGAAGGCCCUGGAGGCGCACAAGGACCCACACAAAGAGGUGGUGCGAGCGGCAGAGGAGACUGCAGCCAUGCUGGCGUCAUCCAUCAGUCCAGACCAGUGUAUCAAGGUGUUGUGUCCCAUCAUCCAGUCAGCUGACUACCCCAUCAACCUGGCUGCCAUCAAGAUGCAGACUAAAGUUAUAGAGAGGGUCCCCCAUGAAGGACUAGUCAGCAUGCUGCCUGAGAUAGUCCCCGGACUCAUACAGGGUUAUGACAACUCUGAGAGCAGUGUGAGGAAGGCCUGUGUAUUCUGUCUGGUGGCCCUCUACGCAGUCAUAGGGGAGGAGCUAAAACCUCACCUCAACCAACUGUCUGGCAGCAAAUUGAAGUUGUUGAAUCUGUACAUCAAGCGUGCCCAGUCCGGCUCCAGUGGUGGUGAGCCCCCAGCAGACAGCCUAUAGAACAGAUGAACAGCCCACGGGACAACUAUGGAGCUGCACUCUCCCUCUGGAGACUUAACACGGACACACAAGGACACACUCUUACAUGGAUGCACAAACACAUACAUGCUUACAUGAACACAUGUGUGCACUUACUUACACGCUUACAUGAAAACACAUACGCUUACAUCUGCUUACACAUAAACAUGCUGAUAAGAAGGCUCUGACACACACAUACACUGUCCUGGACCCCCCCUCCCCCUCAUGUUACCUCCAAGUCGCCUACUGCAGGGCACUCUGCAAUGCACUCUGGGAAGAGAGGAGUGUUGUAGUUCCCUUCACUGACGUUGAAGAUCCAACCUGCUCUCUGAGAUUCACCCUUGACGUCGACACACCUUGCCCUCUGACCCCGAUCUCACUCUGAAGCCUCAACGCUAACGGUUUUAACUUUGGUUUAACUUCCUGGUUUUAGUAGAAUAGGGGAGGGGCCGGAACAGCAGCAUGAUGUAGCCACACCCCAGGCAGGAUAAACAGAUAGAGGGUAGAGGAGCAUGUAUGUGUGUGAUAGGGGGGUGUAUAUCUGUCAGCCUGUCCGUCAUAGUGGUUGAGUGGGUUUUAGCCGCUGAAACUGAAGGCAAAUCUGAAAUGGCACCCUAAUCCCUACGUAGUGGACUACUUUUGGCCAGAGCUACAUAGUGUCACUGCAUACGGCUCUGGUCAAACUAUAGGGAGUAGGGUGCAAUUUUGUCUCAAAGCGUUCUCUGUCCGUCGAAUGGUGCUAGUUCCACCCUGUGGCAGUGGGAACAUGGUACGACCUUCCCUGCACAGCACUAAUGUUCAUAAGCAGGUCACAGUAGAUCAUAACUGCUCUUAGCAGCUACGUAGGCAGUGAGUGUGAGGUAUAGGAGGCAUAAUGUGCUUGGCUAUGCAUGACGAUGAUUUUAACAAGAUCUUUUUAUCCGGAGCCUAUUAACUGUCACAGUAGAAGGGAGGGAGUGAAAUUAAAGUUAAUGAUGUCCACCCCUUUCAGAGGAGUCCAUGGUACCUUCCGCUGCUCCCCGCCAUGUCUUGGAUGAGCUCAUUUCAGACAGAAAGAGAGGGAGAGGCUUAUAUACAUCGAACUAUGACCAGACAUGGCUUAUUAUUAUUAAUAUUAUUAUCACCUAGUGGAUAUGUAACUAUACAUGAUAUUAUAAAAAAAAUGUCAUAUCUGAUAACGACGUCAUUUAGGAGAGUCCCUGAAGGACGUGUGCGCUCUGCAUCCUGAUCUAUUUUAUUUUCUGUUGCACGUUCCGUAGUCUCUCUCACGUUAGUUUCCCCACCGGGGAGACAUGUAUUAUUUACUGAUCAGAAACUGUCGAGUCACCUUUCGCCCCCCUCCUCUUCUUUUUCCUUUCCUCUCUUCUGCUCCCUCUUGUUGUCAUUCUCUCCCUCUUCUUGUGACAUUCUAGUCUUCACUGUGUUUCCCUCAGUGCAUUUACAAAGCUGUGCUUACAAUAAAAUGAAAAAUAAAGAAAACUUGUACAGACCAUAAUAAA